UUCACUCGUGCCACUCGUGCGUCAUUUCUAUUGGUCGACUUACCGACCGUUGAUGUGCCGUUAUGUUGUGCCUGCUCAUGCCCGGAAAACAGUUUGCUGGAGGGUUUGUAUUGUUUUUUGGGGAGUGAUGAAUAUUCUCGUGAUUACGUGAAGUCAUUUCUGGGCCAUGGCCUUGAGGACUCUUCUGUGGCUCAGGGAGAGCCCUGGCAGGUGUUUGUUCAGGGGACAGGGGCAUAGGGUCCUGGAGGUGCACAGCAGCUCCAGGUGGGCCAGGGGGUUCAAGAGGCUCAGGACUAGUGAACGGUCAGCCCUUUCGGAUCCCAUCGGAGGGACUCAACUGACGGCUCGGGGACAGCUGUGGAAACCACUGGGAUUUACUAUUCUCUUUGGAGGUGCAGUGCACAUUGGAGCAGCAAUUUGGGAGUACGAGAGAGUCAAGCGUCGCAUACUCAGAUUGAAACAACGAAUUACGGAAUUUAGAUUUAAUAAGACUGGUACGAGAGGAAGAUUGCAGGCCUGGUGGAGAGGUCUGUCAGAGAGUCAGCGUGUGUUUGCACCCAUAUGUUUCUUGAAUGUAGUUGUCUUCCUCGGCUGGAGGAUACCAGCCCUCAAGAAUACGAUGGUCCUUUACUUCUGCUCAAACCCUGGCUCCAAGGCAGUCUGCUGGCCAAUGCUGCUCUCAACGUUUUCACACAGCUCUGCACUCCACUUAGGCGUUAAUAUGUACGUUUUGUACAGCUUUGGAACAAUGGCUAUUCCCACACUAGGACGAGAACAAUUCGCUGCGCUUUAUUUGACGAGUGGAGUUGUCGCUAAUCUAGCUAGUCACCUGUACAAAACGGCUUUUGGUCUGCCUGGAUUGUCCCUUGGUGCUUCUGGAGCAAUUAUGGGAACAGUCUCGUACAUUUGCAUGCAGUAUCCAGACUUGAGAGUUGCUAUUGUAUUUCUACCGAUGUUUGGAUUCACUGCUGGAUAUGCACUUAAAGGACUACUCGCCGUGGACACACUGGGCUGUGUACUUGGCUGGAGAUUCUUCGAUCAUGCGGCUCAUUUAGGGGGAGCUCUCUGGGGACUAUUCUGGCACACGUGGGGUUCCCCUCAUCUAUGGCAGAAACGAGGGCCUGUAGUGAGGUUUUGGCACCGCCUACGGGAUCCAAAGGAAACUCGGUAAUCCUCGUCAACACUAUUUUUUAUAAAUAAAUAAUUAGCAACAGGUUCUCAUCGCACGAGCCCACAAAAUUGAUGAAUAAAACUGUAAAAACUGUUUAAAAUAUUUUUGCUUUUAAUGCUUAUUAUUUUUUCUUGUAAAGUAUAAAUGUUAUUGGAUAAAUUCGUAAAUUCAGAAAUAAAAAAAUCGUCGGGUUUUUAA